AUGGCGCAGGCACUCCAGUCCCUUUACAAGUUUGCCGUCCCGCUGGCAGUUGGCGCUUCCCUUGUCCAAGCUUCCAUCUACGAUGUCAAAGGCGGAACGAGAGCAGUCAUCUUCGACCGAUUAGCCGGAGUUAAAGACACAGUCGUGAACGAAGGCACCCAUUUUCUGAUCCCCUGGCUGCAGAAGAGCAUUAUAUACGAUGUGCGGACGAAGCCAAGGAAUAUUUCGACGACUACUGGUAGCAAGGAUCUGCAGAUGGUGAGCUUGACCUUGAGGGUUUUGCAUCGUCCGGAGGUGCAGGCGUUGCCCAAGAUCUAUCAAAAUCUUGGUCAAGACUACGACGAGCGUGUGCUCCCAUCCAUUGGGAAUGAAGUGCUGAAAGCCAUCGUCGCGCAAUUCGAUGCUGCCGAACUCAUCACCCAACGUGAAGCUGUCAGCAACAGAAUUCGGGAAGACCUCCUCAAACGCGCCCAGGAAUUCAACAUUGCGCUCGAAGAUGUGUCCAUCACGCAUAUGACAUUCGGAAAGGAGUUCACACGAGCAGUAGAGCAAAAGCAGAUUGCACAGCAAGACGCCGAGAGGGCUAGAUUUAUCGUCGAGAAGGCCGAGCAAGAGAGACAGGCAAACGUCAUCAGAGCAGAAGGUGAGGCUGAAUCUGCGGACACGAUUAGCAAGGCGGUGGCCAAGGCAGGUGAUGGCCUGAUUAUGAUUAGACGGAUCGAGGCUAGCAGAGAGAUUGCCCAUACAUUGGCGAGCAACCCGAAUGUUACAUACCUUCCAGGUGGUGGAGAGGGAGGCAAGGAGGGUGGCGGCAAGUUCUUGCUUGGUUUGAGAUAA